CAUGUACAAACAAACUCCCAAACCAACUUGAAAUUUGAGAGGUUUUCAAAGACUAAUUUGUGAAAACCUUAUUCUUCCACGUGAACCAAUUGAAAUUUUAUCAAUGAUCUUUUCUGGAAAUAUUUCUGUCCUGGCUUUUAAUUUAUGUAAUUCCCAGAUUUGAAAAAUCAAAUCUUCUAUAUAAUUUAUUUGUCAAAAUGUUUCAGCAGUUUCUUUAUAAUUUACCUUAUACUUUAGGCUUUUGAGCCAGAAUUUUAUUCGUUAAAUCCAUUUUUGGGGGCAAAAUGUUUUUCAAAGAUGAUUUUAUCCUGUCUUGUGCACUUCUUCGGCUUUCUUUCUUAAAACCAAAUUGUGUUUUCAAAAGAAUUAUCUCCAAUGGAAGCCAGAUACUCUUUUCUACAGACAAGAAGUUUUCAUAUGGAUAUGGAUGCAUCAAGGCUAUGGUAUGACUUGCAUGCUUAAAAUUUUGGUGAUUUACUGUGAAGAGAAAAGUCUGUUGCAUGCAACAUAAUGACUGUGUGCACACACAGCCACCUAUCCACGCUCACAUACAACAUUACAAUCAAAUAAUGAGAUAUUUAUUGACUCUAUACCAUCCUUUUUCUGUAUUUGAUGUGGAUCGUGGAUUAAGAUUCAGUACACAUGAAUUGUAUUAUAACCAUACUGUUUCUUACUUGAUUUGGUAGAGUAUUACAUUAAAAAGAUGGGCCACAGUAUGUUAGUUUUUAUUAUACCAACAAUCUGUUUGUUGUUCUGAAGUCAAAUAGUUUAGUUUAGUCCUGCAAGGUUCCUUUCUGAAUGGUUGGAGAGGAAAGUUAUACAUGGUUGACAUAUUCUCUUGAACUAUCCUUUUAUGUGGAAGGACAAAAUUUGGUGGGGUAAAACUUCUGAGUUCUGACAAUGUCAUUAGAUGUCUUAGAUACCACUUGUUUGUGGCAUAAAUAUAAAUUCUGUAUUUACAUAGUUGCAGAAUCUUCAUUGAUUUUUAACUGCAACAACCACACUUAAGUCUUAAGCUUAGAUUCAAAAUUACAUUUGUCCACACUCUGAUUUAUUUUUGGUUCUAUGGUUGUUUCCCAUUAUUACAUCUGAAACUCAUGCAUGAUCAUUUCCUUCUAUGAUUUAUGUAUUCGUCCUCCUUUUAAUUGAUGUAUAUGUGCAUAUAAUACUGCAGCAUUAUUUGUUUCUGCAAUAUAAAAUAAUUUAUCGCUUAACGUGUUUAUGCAUUUAGGCCUUCUAUUUCUCUCUUUAAAGCAGGUGGAAAGUUUGCAGCUUGGGAGGGCAUAAUUUUAUGCUGAGGAAUCUGUUGUGGGCAACAUCAAAGCACGAUGUAUACCUUAUGCAAAACUACUCCGUGAUGCAUUGGUCCUCAUUACUACGCAGGGGUAAAGAAGUGCUUAAUGCAGCCAAACCGAUUAUUCCAACCCUUCAGAAGCAUUCUGGAUUAGCUCACCCUGUCUCGCGAGUGCAAAUAAGCACCAUGACUGUUAAGGAAAAUCUGAUGGUGGCAGGUGGUUUCCAUGGUGAGCUUAUUUGCAAGAAUUUGAAUCAUUCUGGAGUUGCCUUCUGCAGUAAAAUAACUCCAGAUGAUAAUGCUAUAACCAAUGCAGUGGAUGUUUCCCGCAAUCCCAGUGGGUUGUUGAGGGUUAUCGCAGCAAAUAAUGAUUCCCAAGUUCGGGUUUUUAACGCGGAGAAUUUUGCUUCUCUUGGUUGUUUCAAGUAUGAUUGGUCUGUCAAUAAUGCUUCUGUUAGUCCGGAUGGAAAGUUGUUAGCUGUUCUUGGGGACAGUACUGAGGGCUUGAUAGCCGAUGCUAAUACCGGAAAGGUCACUGGAAGCCUAAAAGGGCACUUGGACUAUUCUUUCGCAUCAGCUUGGCACCCUGAUGGACAAAUAUUGGCUACUGGGAAUCAGGACACAACAUGCAGGUUGUGGGAUAUAAGAAAUCUUUCAGAGUCUUUAGCAGUAUUAAAGGGAAGAAUGGGUGCAAUAAGGGCCUUAAGAUUCACAUCUGAUGGACGGUUUUUGGCGAUGGCUGAGCCAGCAGACUUCGUCCAUAUAUUCGACUCACAUUCUGGUUAUUCUCAAUCUCAAGAGAUUGAUUUAUUUGGUGAGAUUGCUGGUAUAUCUUUUAGCCCUGACACAGAGGCUCUAUUUGUUGGCGUUGCUGACCGAACCUACGGUAGCUUGUUAGAGUUCACCAGAAAACGUUAUUAUCAUUAUCUAGACUCAAUGCUUUAAUCAAGCGGAAUGCCAUCAAGAUGUAUAGAGAUAUCCAUGUGCAUAUCUACUGGAAGAUUUCUCAAAUAGUUAUAAAAUUUUCUUUUGCAAGAUGAUUUUCCAAUAUUAUUUUUCCGUUGAACUUAGUGCUGCAAAUAGCAAAUUUUGCUGUAGAGAACUAUUUUAGUAAAGGUUUUUACUUUUGCUUUGACAGAAAAGAUCUUGAUCAUUAAGCUCAAGAAAGAUCAAAACAAUAGGUAGGUAGAGUAGAUUUGGAUGGGGACACAUCCCACCCAUUCUCAACAUCCUAGUACCUUGUCAAAGCUUGAAUAGUUGGCUAAUUUUGCCUCCUUCCUUCCUAUUGUAUAUUCUGUAUCUGAGACAAUAGAAUCUAGCAUAAUAUUAUAAUUGUUUUUAACUUA